ACUCAAUCCAGACGUCAUCGUUCGAGUCCUCUGCAGUCUGUACUCUCCACCCGAUCAGACCACGAACUACGAAUUCGAAAGUCGAAACGCCUUUUUCUCUGUUUCUAAUUGUCUACUCCGGCCGGUCUCCGAACGCUCACACCACUCCCUGAUCCAGUUAUCCAGUCAACCGCCGUCCGGCAGUCUGUUCAUAUCUCUGUCUAAUUUCUUUCCUUGCCACUGUGUUUUCCGGAGCCAGAAGGAGUUAGCUAUUUAGGUUGGAUUCAACAUGGGCAAUGCUGAAACAGCUGCUGAAUCUGAGAAGAGCUUCUUUAAGAAACAAUGGGAAGGCUACAAGGGGUUCUGGUGCGAAAGGUUUUCUUUCUUGGAUAAUUAUUCCAGAUUUAUAAAGCGUGACAAGCCACUCCCCUCUUGGUCAGAAGCUGAUGUGGAAGAGUUCAUUGUCUCUGACCCUGUUCACGGACCCGUUCUCAAGACUGCCCGGCAAGCUGCUAAAUAUGGUGCUGUUGGUGGACUUGUUGGUGCAGUUACAACUGCCGGAUGGGCUUGGAAAUACUCAAGAAGUCCACAUGGUGCUGCUCUAUCUCUUGUGGCAGGGGGUGUCUUUGGAUGGACUUUCGGACAUGAGAUCGCAAACCACCAGCUGCAGCUUUAUAGGUUGGAUACAAUGGCUGCCCAGACCAAAUUCAUGGAGUGGUGGGAGAAGAAAGUGGAAGGAUACUGAUGAUGAAUUUUGUAAAGCUGUUAAAUGCAAAUCUCAGCAAUAAUAUGAAGCUUAUGAACUUGUAAAAAAGCUUUUAUGGUAUCUAAGACGCAUUGUAUAAGCAGUUCUCUAUUCUGUGCGGUGUCAUUGGACGUUUUAUGAGCCUUUCUUUACAAUAAAAGGUUUCAAAAAGUCCUACUCCCUUUGUCCGAUUUGAAUAAUCUACUUGAUUGUGAAAAAAAAAAACAAAAAAACCUAACUUCAUUGUUCUCAUUCUGGAACACAGUUCUAGUAAAUCUUUAUAAACCAUAUCCUUCCAUCUCCUCCAUGAGUUUUUCACCAACCAAAAGAUUUUGCUUCUUUGCCUUCUUUAUUAGUCUUUUUCUUUUUGGUGCAGAUUCGUUACAAGAUCAAUGAGUUUAGCCUCAACUCAAGAGCGUUAUUUGGGGGAUAUAAUUACAUUUGCAGGUUUGAAUCCCUAUCACCCAGAGCCGUUGUUUUCCAUAGCUUAAACUAGGUGUUAGACUCGUCCGAUGGACGGAGAAGGCAUACACAUUUAUAUAUUUUUACAUAAAUUUUGAUUUUUAUAAAAUAUGUAAUGACUUCAGUUUAAAC